CGCCGGUAUGAUUGACCACAUUGGCAUCGCUAAUGACCAGGAGCAAUCUCUUUACAUCCCAGCUAAUAAAAUGACGAUUAAUCCACAAUCAUUCACGAUUUGCCGCUACUAUGCCAUCGGAGAUUGUCGACGUGGGUCAUCGUGUCGUUUUGUGCAUGCGCAACCGGCGAGUGUGCAACAAGAGUACCCUUACGCUAACGGAUAUGAUGAAGUCCAGGCGAGAACACCGCGUGAGGGGUGGUAUCAAAACAACGGUCAUAGUCGUGGCUACGCAACGUACCCUAUGUACACGGUUGUCCCAUAUGCGAGAGUACAGGACUUCGACGCGUCAAGAGAGAUUUGGGACAAUUUCAGCGACUUUUCUUCCUCGAAUGACUCCGCCACCUCUGAUCAGAGUUUAAACACCGCAUUUGAAGCUAUGACCUUUAAGGAGCCCCCCUCUUUAGAAUCAUUCCCUUCUACAUUAUUCUACGAAUCGGCAUUCUCACAAUCGUCGCCAAGUUUACAAUACCCCAACAACACGGCUACCGGCUUUGGCGAUGUGACACCCCCUAGUCACUAUCGAGGACAUACUCAAGCUGGUUCGAAGACUCGAGCCUCUACUCGCAGGAAAGCAGAAGAAGCAAUGAACAGACAAGUCCUACACAAAACUAAACCUUGCAAAUUUUUCUCGGCACGUAAAACAUGUGCUGAAGGAGACAAAUGCAGGUUUAUCCACGACAUAGAAAAAUGUAAACAGGCAAAGAAAGCCGGUAAUAAAAACCGUGGGACAGGACCGCCUCACUUGCCUCCGAAACCACGCUCACUUCUGGAAGAGUUCAAGGCGCGCGAUUAUUAUCCUAUUACCUGGCGAGUGAUUGGUGGCGGCGUAAUGAUGGGUGGGUAUAGACUACCUUGCAAGGCCUUCGCAGCGGGCUACUGUCCCAACGGCACAGAUUGCAAGCUGGCUCAUGAGACAGAACUCGAGACAUCUACGAAGGGUAUUGUGCACCUAAAGACACGAUCAUCAGCGCCGCCCUUGGCAGCAUCACCCUUUGCAAAAACAUCGGUAGAUUCAAGUGCUGAUUCAAAGCGCAGGACAGUAUCCACCGACUGCUCUGGUUCAUCUCGUGUUAUCCAAGACGCCCCCGGAUCCACGUCUGGCAGCGCGAUAGAUGCAGAGGAACCCCCAUCGGAUGCAAACUCAUCCACUGGAAAAUUUGCUAUAUCCUCUCAACAUCGACGUACCAGAUCAAUGUCCAUGCCGAGUUCACCGUCAGUCCUCAGAGCUUCUCACAUUUUUGCGGAGUCGUGACUGCGGAUCUUUGAAAGGACGAACAUUGCGCUGACAUGGCUUAAUGUGCCUGAGGAAGACUCAUGGAUGGAACUAGUCGCUUGUAUUUUGAGGGUCUACCGAUACAACAACAAUAACUAUGGGCUUACGGUAGCAUGUACUUAUGUAUCAUUAAUAAUGACUCAUCGAAGUUUGUACUCGUACACUAUGA